AUGUCAUAUUUCGAAGUCGCAAUAUCCUGGCUAUUUAAGAAUUUCAGAGGAAGGGAUGCAAAGUUGUUUAUAACAAAUCCUGCAUUCAGUUUUCAUCCAACUCCAACAAUAUCCGUCACUUCGCCGGAUUGUGGAGAAACAAACGGACAGCUCGGGGUGGAGUAUACAUUUGAUGGAGCCGGCAAAUUUCCCGAAUUGAGUUGGCAGGCACCCGAACAAGUCAGGGCCAAUAUCAAGGAGUGGCUGCUGCUAUCGGAAGACCCAGAUGCUCCGUUGCCAACUCCCAUAGCACACGGCAUCUACGGCGGUAUUCCAUCGAGCAAGACAACCGUUGUCGCUUCUGACUUUGAGAUUGCAGACGAGGCCAAGGCUUCAUUGAAAGGCGGCUUCCAUUACGGAGUCACGAGACGGGGGACACCAUAUAUUGCACCUCGACCUCUAAUGAAUCAUGGGCCGCAUCGCUACUUCUUCUUCGUGAUUGGCCUAAGUGAACCACUGGACCGACAGAUGCUGGAGGCGAAAGCGACCAGAGAACAGAUCGCCGAGGCAAUUCAAGGAAAGGUGGUCGGAUGGGGCCAAUGGUUUGGAAGUUGCGAAAGAGUCUGGGCAUAG